GAAUACAACAGAGAGCUACAAUGAGGGUAAAAUUAUAUGAUCAUGCUUUGAACUCCAUCAAGAAAGGUGAGGGUACAUUCCAGAGCUAUUAGGUUUGGCAACCGCUAAAAAUAUUUAUAUGAGUUAAAAAAAAAAAAAUCUAUUAAAGCAGAGCCAUCUCCCGUCCUCUUCUAUCCUCUCAGAUUCAAUUCAGAUUUAAGAUCUUGCAAGAGAUGGCAGGGAAAGAGCAAAAGAUCGCCACAAUUAUCAUAAAGGUCGACCUCGAAUGCUGCUGCUGCUCCAAGAAGAUAAAGAGCAGUCUGUGCCAGCUCCAGAAGCGAUUCAAGAUCACUUCCAUCGCCUACGAUGCGAAGAAGAACACCGUCACGGUCUCCGGCCCCUUCAACCCCGACUGCUUCAUCAAGAAGCUCUGCUGCAUGGCCUACAAAGUGAUCAAAGACGUCGAGAUAAAAAAACCAGACCCACCACCACCACCACCUCCACCUCCACCGCCGCCAGAACCAGCUCCUCCCCCUCCUGAACCUGUUCCACCCCCUCCCAAACCCGAACCGCCAGCGCCGGCCCCGGAACCUCCACCUCCACCUCCCGCUCCAAAACCACCACCGCCUGCCCCCGAACCUCCCCCGCCCGCUCCCGAACCGCCCCCACCCGCCCCCAAACCGCCUCCACCGGCACCCGAACCACCGCCUAAGCCCAAGCCGGAGCCGGAGCCGGCGCCGCCCCCGGAGGUGGUGUUGAAAUUUCCUAUGUGGGCUUUUCCGCCCCCGAUGUGGCCCUGCUGCUACCAGCCGUGCCCCUGCUACGAGCCGCACCACGGGUGCUGCCGUUGCUGCUCAUGCGGCCACGUGACCGCCGCCCCGCCGCCACCACAACCUAUGGCAGAUCCCGUGCCGCCGCAACCCAUGUACUAUGGUGGCUACCCGUGCUACAAGAUCGUGUGCGAGGACGAACCCUCCUACGGCUGCUCCAUCAUGUAAUUUAAUCUCCUCCUCUUGUGCGAAUAAUGAAUCCAUGCAUAAUGAUUGAUAAUAAAUAAACCUUGUAACAUCGAAUUAGUAAUCAAACGCUUCUCCGAUCAA